ACCGAGAGCACGGUGUGGGGUCUCAGGCGGCAUCAUGGAGAAGCUGCAGGGUUUCGAGUUUUGGAGGGAGACUCUGCAGUCUGCGCGGUACGUCCUCGCGCCCAUGGUGGAGCAGAGCGAGCUGGCCUGGAGGCUGCUGAGCCGCAGACACGGCGCUCAGCUCUGCUACACGCCCAUGCUGCACGCCCAGGUGUUCCUGAGAGACACCAACUACCGCCGAGAAAACCUUUACAACGAAGUCAGCCCGGAGGACCGGCCGCUCAUUACACAGUUCUGUGCCAACGACCCAGAAGUCUUUGUUCAGGCAGCUCUGCUCGCCCAGGACUACUGCGACGCCAUCGACCUGAACUUGGGGUGUCCUCAGAUGAUCGCUAAAAGAGGGCACUACGGGGUGUACCUGCAGGACGAGUGGGAGCUGCUGGAGAGGAUGAUUAAGCUAGCCAAUGAGAAACUGUCAGUGCCGGUCACAUGCAAAAUCCGGGUCUUCCCCGAGGUGGAGAAAACGGUGAAAUACGCCAAGAUGCUAGAAAAGGCGGGUUGCCAGCUGCUCACAGUUCACGGCAGAACCAAAGAUCAGAAAGGGGCUCUGACUGGUGUUGCGAGUUGGGAGCACAUUAAAGCUGUACGGGAGGCUGUAAACAUCCCCGUUUUCGCCAACGGAAACAUCCAGCAUCUGAGCGACGUGCAGCGCUGUAUGGAGGAGACUGGAGUUCAGGGAGUGAUGAGUGCAGAAGGGAACCUGCACAACCCGGCGCUGUUUGAGGGCCGCAGUCCUCCUGUGUGGGAGAUGGCUGAGGAAUAUCUGGAGGUGGUUCAGAAACACCCGCCCUGCACGCUGUCCUACGUCCGAGCUCACCUCUUUAAACUCUGGCACCACACGCUGCAGAUCCAUCAGGACCUGAGGGAAGAGCUGGCCAAAGCCAAAAACCUGGCGGGAAUAGAGGAGGUGAACAGACAGCUGAAGCAGCGCUGCCAGGAGGAAAUGGCCAAGGAGGAGUCGGACAGACAUCACACCGGACUGCCCCUCCCUCACUGGAUCUGCCAGCCCUACGUCAGACCUGCGCCGAAGGAUCCGGGCCGGGAGAACGGUCAGAAAGCUCCGGAGGUGAAGGCCGUAAGCAUGAAGAGGGCGCUGGAGGACAGCGAUGGCCCAAACGACUCGCUGUCCAAAAACAAGCAGAAGAAGAAAGCCAGGAACCCCCACAAGAACUUCUGUCCUGAGCUGAAACCCAAAUACAUCAAAUGUGAGCAGUGUGGAAACCCUAAAGGAAAUAAGUGCGUUUUUAAUUUGUGUCGUGGCUGCUGUAAGAAAAAGGCCUUCAAGGAAGUUGCUGACUGUCCAAGUCACGGCUUGAGAUUCAAAACCAAGGCCCAGAAGCAGGGGAGCUCCGGAGCGGGCGGCGGACAGAUAAACGGAAGCAGCUCCGUCCAGACAGAGCCAUGUGCCACGGUACCCGAUCAGCCUGCAGCCCAGGCUCUGGCCUGAAGAAGCCCAAGGAAUAUUUACUGUUCUAAGCAGUUCCUACUCGACAUCCGGGAGCUAAAACGGAACUUUUAGCAUCCACUGUGCAAAAGGAACUCAUUCUACACGCUGUAAACGCAACAAAUGAGUCAAACCAGAGGCUCUAGACUUUACUCUGCCCUACGGAGGCAAAGAGUGGUAACUAUGGCAACAACGAGAACAGCUAUAAACACUGUUUCUAGGUUAUUAAGUGUUCCUCCUUAUACUUAACAUGUAUGUUUACAGUUACAGACUGUAGCCCAUCUGUUAUUGCCCCCUCUCGACACCUGGAAAGGGACCCCACCACAGGACCGCUGGUGACCUGUACAGCAGUCACACUGACAUGAUCAUGUGUGUGGUGCUGGUACGAGUGUAUCAGACACAGCUGUGUUGCCCUCACUGGCCAGUCUAUUAGAAACGCCCCCUUGUAGCUCCACCCACUUUAUUAGAAACCCCUCCCUUGUAGCUCCACCCACUGGCCAUUUUAUUAGAAACUCUCCCUUCUGGCUCCACUCACAGGCCACUUUAUCAGAAACCCCUCCCUUGUAGCUCCAUUUACUGGCCUCUUUAUCAGAAACCUCUCUGUUGUAGCAGCACCCACUGGCUACUUCAUUAGAAACACCUCCCUUGUAACUCCACCCACUGGCCAUUUUAUUAGAAACCCUUCCCUUGUAGCUCCACCCACUGGUCUCUAUCAGAAACCCCUCCCUUGUAGUUCCACCCACUGGCCACUAUUUUUAGAAACCCUCUUUGUAGCUGCACCCACCAUCAGUGGUCAGUGUCUGUUGGGCUGGAUGUUUUGGGAUGGUGGAAACUGACCAGUGAUGAAUGGUGUACAGUCAGUAAGCAUUCUGAACUUGUAUGGUAGGUGUUUCUGAUAAAAUGGCCAGUGAGUGUAGUGGGUCUGAAAAAUUAAUUAAGAGUGCAGUUUUUAAAUAAUUACAGUCUGCUUUAUCAAAAACGUCUUAAGCUUUAAGAGGGGAAGUUGAACCUUAUAACACAGAACUUGAGAACUGCCUGUAGCCCAAUCAGAGGCAACCUAACCUCCAUGUGUUGUGACAUCACAACCAUAACUGACUGGCAGUUUCGGCUCACUGCAUUUAAGCCUCAAGCCUUAUUCUGAACUUCUUGGCCAAAAAAACAGCUCUGAAAGUUAUACCUUAUAGACUGUAAUCACACUUUACAUUGUAGUCGCAAUAUUUGCCAGAAAAAUCACAAUUAGGUAUUUUCCCCAGAUCGUGCAGCUCUGGAGUGAAGGCGUCAGGGCGUUUCUGUUAAACUGGCAACUCCUUGUACAUGAUGCUCAUAUUAGUGGAUAUAUUAACGUAAUUCCAGCACAUUUGACUCAGUAACAGAACUUUUAUGCUGGUUUUCGCUGCCGUAGUUCCCACUCUGCUCUGUUAGGGCAGCGGUGCAGGUGCCCACCGCUGCCUUCUGCUGCUGCUGACCUCUGGGUGAAGGACGGUGUGGUCUGUGGAGCUUUUAUUUGAACUCUUCUUCUCCUCUAAUAACUCAACAGUACAACUCCUCUGUGUUCUCCUUUAUUCAGGGCAGCGGUUCUCCAACCGGAAUCUCAUUUUUGCUCGAUCCCAAUUUCCAACACAUAUGGAUAUACCAUCUGGGGGUCCCACUGGAGGACCACUGCUCUAGGGUGUAUUUUGCAAAGCAGUGUUUUUUUAAGUACAGCUGGAUAAUUUAAGCCCAAAGUGAGGACUAACAGAAAUCUCACUGAUCUCAUCAACCGUUAUUUCUUAAAAAAGAUGGUUCUUCAAGGGUUCUUUAGUUAAGAAAACGGUUUUGUAUAGAACAGUGAACACUCAAAGAGCCCUUUGCACGGUUAAACGGUUCUUUGCAUCGUUAAAUGGUUCUUUGGAUUGAUGGAGAAUGUGCUGUAGAUGGUUCUGUAUAGCACCAAAAAGGGUUCCACUAUUGAUACAAGCCAACAAACCCUUUUGCUAAGAUUGCAGACUUUGGGCUUAAAGAGACACGCCAGCGUUUUUCAGCCUGAUCUCCAUCUGCUGAAUCUGAUCAUACGGCCAAAUACUAGGCAGUGCUUUUAAUGUGUUUCCUGAACUUUUAACCCUCAUUCAAAACAUGCAAUAGAAACCAAUGGGCCGAGUUCUUCCGAGUUUCCUGAGAAAACUCUGCUUGGUGAAAUACACCCUGAGGUUCUGCUUCGCUUUUUUAAACAUUAUUUAUUUACAUCGUGUUUCCUUCCCUGAAUCAGCCACCGCUGGGGACAAAUCACAUCAUUCGUGGGUCGAUCUCAUACCAAAGUCACGUUUCAUCCUCUUCUGUCGAACGUACAGUGAGCCGAACCGCUGUAGGGGUGCGGUGAGAAAACCAGGGGUUAUUACAGUGCUGGGUUUAUUGGUUAAUAAGCUGAGCACAAAUUAAGGCAAUUUAGCCUCAGAAGCCAGAUUGAUAACCAUAAAUCUAGUGUUUCUUCCCCAACAUCACUGUAGGUUUGCAUAAUAGAGUGAGAGAAUCCUGUUCAAAAUCAGGACUGUUAGUCUGAGCUAAUGGCGUUGUUCAUAAAUCAGGAGUGGGUUCUUUUAUUUAAGCGUGUUUUUAAUGUUUAAGGGGUUUUUACAAGGAAUAAAAACGUUUUUAAAACUGCUGUGAUCUGUUUGAAUCUCUCCAAAUAAAUGGUUUCUCAAA